UUUUAUUUUUACUUUUUGACGAGUGUCCUUCAGCUCUCGUCGUUCAUUCCAAGUAAAAAAUACUAUUUUCUUUCUGCUGCUUCUUCUUCUUGCUUCUUCGAGUUGGUUACUGGAAUUCUCUAGGGUUUCUUUCGACCGAAACGCCAGCUUCUCGGUUCCUUGUGUGUGUGUGAGAGAGAGAUAGAUGACUACCAUGGAGAGCUUGAUCGGGUUGGUCAACCGGAUCCAGAGGGCCUGCACCGUUCUUGGUGACUAUGGCGGUGGAGACAACUCUUUCUCUUCUCUCUGGGAGGCUCUUCCCACUGUUGCCGUCGUCGGUGGCCAGAGUUCUGGAAAAUCCUCGGUAUUGGAGAGCAUCGUUGGGCGUGACUUUCUUCCAAGAGGAUCAGGGAUUGUUACGAGGCGGCCGUUGGUGUUGCAGCUUCACAAGACGGAUGACGGAUCGCAGGAGUAUGCCGAGUUCCUUCAUCUCCCUCGGAGGAAAUUCACCGAUUUUUCCCUGGUUCGCAAGGAAAUUCAGGAUGAAACUGAGAGAAUAACUGGGAAGACGAAGCAGAUUUCUCCUGUUCCUAUCCAUCUCAGUAUCUAUUCUCCAAAUGUUGUCAAUUUAACCCUGAUUGAUCUACCGGGUUUGACAAAAGUUGCUGUUGAGGGACAACCUGAAAGUAUUGUUCAAGAAAUUGAAAGCAUGGUUCGAUCUUAUGUUGAGAAGCCCAAUUCUAUCAUAUUAGCAAUAUCUCCAGCCAAUCAAGAUAUUGCGACUUCAGAUGCUAUCAAACUUGCUAGGGAAGUGGAUCCCAGUGGUGACCGGACAUUUGGUGUUUUGACAAAGCUAGAUUUGAUGGACAAAGGAACCGAUGCAUUGGAUGUUCUUGAAGGAAGAUCUUAUCGACUGCAACAGCCUUGGGUUGGAGUUGUGAACCGGUCACAAGCUGACAUUAAUAAAAAUGUUGACAUGAUAGCUGCAAGGCGUAAGGAGCGUGAGUACUUUGCAUCCAGUCCAGACUAUGGGCACUUAUCCAGUAAAAUGGGCUCGGAGUAUCUUGCAAAACUUCUUUCAAAGCAUUUGGAGUCUGUAAUUAGGGCUCGCAUUCCAAGUAUAACGUCUUUAAUAAACAAAAGCAUUGAUGAACUUGAGUCGGAGAUGGAUCAUCUUGGUAGACCUAUUGCCGUUGAUGCUGGGGCUCAACUGUACACUGUCUUGGAACUUUGUCGAGCAUUCGAACGGAUUUUCAAGGAGCAUUUGGAUGGAGGGCGGCCUGGAGGUGAUCGGAUUUAUGGAGUCUUUGACAACCAGCUUCCUGCUGCUCUGAGGAAGCUUCCAUUUGACAGGCACCUUUCUCUGCAGAAUGUAAAGAAAGUGGUUUCAGAAGCAGAUGGUUAUCAGCCACACUUGAUUGCCCCUGAGCAAGGUUACCGGCGCCUAAUUGAGGGGGCACUUAAUUAUUUUAGAGGCCCAUCUGAAGCUUCUGUGGAUGCUGUUCACUUUGUUUUGAAAGAACUUGUGAGGAAGUCACUAGGAGAAACUCAGGAGUUAAAACGCUUUCCAACUCUGCAAGCUGAAAUAGCUGCUGCUGCUAAUGAGGCCCUGGAAAGGUUUCGUGAAGAUGGUAGGAAGACAGUUGUUCGAUUGGUGGACAUGGAAUCUUCAUAUUUGACCGUGGAUUUCUUUAGAAGACUCCCACAGGAAGUGGAAAAGGGAGGAAACCCAGCUGCCUCAACUACGGACAGGUACGUAGAGGGGCACUUUAGGAGGAUAGGCUCAAAUGUGUCCUCUUAUGUGGGCAUGGUGUCAGAGACGCUUAAGAACACAAUUCCCAAGGCUGUAGUAUAUUGUCAAGUCAGAGAGGCCAAACAGUCAUUGCUAAAUAACUUCUACAUACAAAUUGGAAAGAAAGAGGGUAAGCAGCUUUUGCAAUUGUUGGACGAAGACCCUGCGUUGAUGGAGAGGAGGCAACAGUGUGCAAAAAGGCUUGAAUUAUACAAGGCAGCAAGGGACGAGAUUGAUUCUGUAUCAUGGGCUCGCUAAGAUGGAAUUCUUUUUGGAGAUAGAUAGAUGCCUUGUUUUAUAGUAAUUGAUACACAGGAUAAAAUUCUUACUGAAUUUGUUGAAUUCUUGGAUAGCUCGGGUUCCCCCUCAAUAUUUUAUUAUUUCGUGUAAUAAUUUUACUUCUCACUCUAUUCUUGUAUUGGAAACACGAUUAUUGUGUUGCUUUCCUGUGUAACAUAUUAGAUUGGUAUAGCUUAGUUUCUUUUAA